AUGCAGCUUGGAGCUCGCCUUAUCUUGGCUAUAUGGCGUAACCGUACUGUCGGAGCCGUGGCCGACUACGCGAGCCGGAUGAGUGCAACGCAUGCGAACCGGCCGGUGGACACCCCUGGUGACGUGCCGCGCUCUGCGGGCAUGUCCGUGGAAUUUCGAUCUGGCCCCUGCUUCCACCAUGAUACUGGGCUGCAGGCGGUACUGAGCAGCUCGUCGCCUGCGCGCUUCGAAUUUGCUAGCUCUCUCACUUAUACAAGCGUGUCCUGCGUGCGGAGGCGGAUACAACUGAGGGUGCCGUACGAGUCAGUGUACGUUCCUUCGUGCGGCCUUUCAAGCGCACGGAAAGCUUUCCUGUCGAUUCCUGUCAUGCAGACGUGA